AUGGGCAACCUGGAAGAAUCCCGCUCUCUGAGCGCUCCUCCUACUUCAUCCCCGAAAACCCCUAAUCGGCUGGUUCAUCCACUUUCAACACAGCUGUUCCCUCCUCCUCCAGCCCCUCAGCACCAAACAUUAUCGUUGAAACAUUCGUGGAGAAGGAGGUGGUCGAAGAGCACCCGGUCCACAAGAAAAGAUAUGCAUGUACUGCUCGAUAAGGGGAUGGAACUCAAAUCUGUUCGAAUAUCGACCAGCUCGAAUAAGCGGAUAAUCGUUCCGGCAACUCCAACUACAACCACAGAUAGUUCGCUGGGACUUGCUUCACCAGAACAAGAACAAGAACAGACUUUGCCACCUACAGAGGAUAACGCAAAUGAUGCAACAUCCUCUUGA